UUGUAUUCGCAGGGCAGCGAUUAUUAUUUCUCGAAAAUCGAAACUUUUGAUAGAGAUGAACUUGCGAAUUCUGUGUCAAGUCGUAAAAAGAGAAGGAAGGAGGAACGCCGUACCAGAAGGCUGGAGAAUUUGGGUAUAUUUAUUGGAAAGUCUUCCGGAAAGAUGCUUGCGAAGGCGAGGCGAUAUAGUGAAUACGUCUCAAAAUUGAAGUCGGAGGAUCAGGAAAAAUCUUUAGACCAAGCCAUUAUAGGUAUAAAAGUAAAAACUGAUUUGUCAAAGAUGCAAAGGUCUGCUUUACGGGCUAGAAAACUGAAGCGUAAGAGUUCAAACCGAUGGAAAGAACGAAAUCAAAAGAUUCAAGAGGAACGUGACGUGAGACAGAGGAAGCGGCAACGAAAUCUACAACGUAGGAGUGAUGCUAAGGCCUCGAAGAAGUAUGGAAGAUUGGUCAAGAAGGGUCACAUUUUACCGCAGCUGCCGAAGGAGUAA